AAAGCACACGCACGCCUCCGCUAUUUAAUCGUCAGCAGCUCAAGCUGGCACUUGGAGAACGACGGCACCUGAACACACCGCCAUCCGAAGGUCGACCACUUUUCCAGAGAUGGCUCAUUCCAAACCUCUGAUCAUCCAGUGGCUUCGGGCUCAGAUUGACAGCGGCACGUAUCCUGGUGUCCACUGGACCAACAAGCAGGAAACGGAAUUUUGCAUCCCUUGGAAACACGCCUUAAGACAAGACUCUUCGGAUACCGACAUUCUCAUCUUCAAGGCCUGGGCAAAGGUGAGCGGCAACGGCCGCAUCCAUGGAGAGCCCUCGGUGUGGAAGAGGAACUUCCGAUGUGCGCUGCGGGCCAAAAAGUUCAAAAUGAUCGCAGACAACAAGAACGACACAGCAAACCCUCACAAAGUGUUCCGCUGGCCAGAUGAGUCAACUUUAGGAGACAACUCCUCUGCUGGACGGCGGAGCGAACACGAGCCUGAUUGCUACGACGGUUCUCCCAUACAAGAAAGCCACGUCAUCCCGUUCACGGAUGAGUUCCUCUAUUGUCCUAUCGAAGAAUCCACCCCCAAGGAGGACAUUCUGCAGAUGUGUCUCAAGCAACUCAACAUUGAGCCUCAAGCAGAGGAAGCAGCAGCCUUUGCGCUCCCUCCCGAGCAACAGGAGCCGCAGCACCAGCUCGUGAUAGGCGGUCGCGCGUUGCCGUGGCAACAGCCGUGUCCAGUCGCGGUGGAGGGUGCAGUCGGCGAAACCGGGUCGCCUGGGCAACCGGCGCAUCCAAUGGCGGGAGCUGUGGGUAGGGCGUGCGGGGGCCAAUUAGCGAAGCAGUUUUUAGACAACGUUAACAAGACCAAGGAUGGAGAUCAUUUCAAGACCCAAUUUAGGAUCACUGUGUACUACAGAGGGGAGAAUGUGUUUGAGCAGCUGGUUGCCAAUGAAGCUGGAUUCCGCUUAGUUUACAGGCCCGAACAGGUGGAGACGCAGGUGGACCAGGAAUCGGGCCUGUCUCUGGUCUCCCUGCCAAGACCCUUCACCAAGGAUCAAACCCAAGGCAAGCUGACCCAGCGCAUCCUGGACAAUCUGGGCGAGGGCUUGGAGGUGGCCGUGUCGGGUGACGUCAUUUACGGCCAGAGACGAGGCGAAAUCAAAGCUUUCUGGAGCUUCUCCAAGUUCGACCAGAGCGGACGGCCCCAGGAAAUCUCCAAACUGCAGCCGCAUCCGCUUUACCCGUUCAAGGACUUUAUCCAAGGGAUACUAGACUUUAUAGAACUUGAUAGCAAAGAGUGUGGUCCUUGCUCCCUCGUCCUUUGCCUGGGGGAGAAGUGGCCUGACCCAGGCAACAGGCCUUGGACCAAGAAACUCAUCAUUGUGGAGGUUGUACUCACGUCUCUGGAACUCUUGAAGAACAUAGCAACGGAGGGCGGUGCUUCCUCCCUGAAGUCCGUCGACCUGCAAAUGUCGCUGGAAGAGAUGAUCAUAGGCUGAUGCUGCACUUUGCUUUUAUACUCGCUAUAUGCUUUCUGUGCAAUUUUUUUUUUUUUACAUCGGUGCUUCAUUUUGUUAAUUUUCUUACCUUUACUCGUGCUUCUGAUAAUAAUUGCUUGGUGUGCAACGCAAUGAAGACUGCCACUCAUCCUAUUCUCAUCAUUUGUUUAAUCACUAUAACCACGUCACAUUUCAGACUUCAUAAAAUGAUGAAUGACUUUCAAUGCACAAAAAUAACUCACUAAUUAGAUGACACUUUAUAAUAAGGUGCGACGACGCACUUAAAACCACAAAGUAGCAAGCUGUGCUUUAGUGUCAGCUGGAAUUUUCAUUCAACAAAAGGUGGCGAAUACCAGAAUGUCAUCGGUGCAUCCUUCUCUAUGCAGCGGUCUGUGGAAACAUGUUGGCUAACCAUCUUCUGAAUCAACGGACCAAAAAAAAACAACCAAAAAAAACAUAUUUACAAGGGAAGCUGCUACUUUCCAUUCUUGAAGUCGAAUGGGCCAAUACUUUUGCUCCAGUGGUGCAAUGAUUCCCAUCCACUUGUAAUAUAUGACACAUCCAAUUAUACAUAAUUAGUCAGAAAAUGAUUAUUUAUUUACUACAAAUAAUGUAUUGUUGCUUAGCUAUAUAUGCCAGCAGUGCAGUGACAGGCAGAACAAUUGAAUGUUCUUCCAUGAGAUGUUAGAAGGGACAAUUAACCAGGAUACAAGAGAAUAUAGCUUUGUAUUCAACUACAUAGGGCCAGAUUUCACACAGAGUAAGUACAUUUGUGAGUCAAUUGAGAUGAGAUCAUGAUUUCAGUAUACUGCAUAUACUUUUUUUGUGACAUUUUUGUUUGGUGGUAUGAGAGUUUUACAAUGCAAAAUAUGGUCCUUCGCGCAAUAAAUAUGGGAAAAGACUGUAUUGUGUAUGCAG